AUGGUCACCCAUCUUUUCUUCGCGGACAAUAGCCUGCUGUUUUGUAAAGUAAGUGUCUAUGAGUGCCAACAACUCAUUGAUAUCCUCCAACUCUACGAAGCUACAUUUGGUCAAAAGGUUAAUACUGAUAAAUCAUCAAUAUUUUUUAGUCGUAAUACCCCUGAAGAAGUGAAGAAUAAGGUAAUGAGUACCCUUGGACCUAUGAGUGACUCUCGGCACUCCAAGUAUCUUGGCCUACCAUCUAUUAUUGGCAAGUCAAAAACUGAAGUCUUCACAGAAAUCAAAGAGAGAGUGGGGAAAAAGCUGUCGGGUUGGAAGGAAAAAAUACUAUCUAUAGGCGGCAAGGAGGUCCUCAUAAAACAGUUGCCUAAGCAAUUCUGA